CUGAUUCGAGCCGCGAAGAAGGGCAAAUUAGAGAAGAUCAGGAAGUUUGUACAGAUGGGGGCUGAUGUAAACUUCAUCAACGAGGAACAUCAAUGUGCGAUCUUGAAAGCAGCCGAAUGUGGACACAAGGAUGCUGUCGAUUUGUUGGCAGUCCUUGGGGCCGACAUGAACUUUACUGACAAGCGCAGGAGCUCCAUACUUCACUAUGCGGCAUACAAUGGACACACACAUACAGUAGAGACGAUCGCAAAGAAUGCCUCUUGGCUGGUUAAUGCCAGCAACAACUUUGGCUACACUCCUUUGCAGUAUGCUGCC